ACAUGUUCAUGAAGUGAUGUGUCAAACACGGAGGAUUGACUGAAGGCAAUAGGGGGAUUAGUGUGGAUAACAUGAUUAGAGGUCUGAACUAUAAAGCUUAGUUUGUCCUUGUUGGAUUAAUACACCCACUGCAGUCUUACUUCUAGUGUCUGUCUGUCUGUCUGUCCUGACUGACAAACAAAUACCUACAUAUUGAACGUGAAGGUAUGACCAUGUAGGUAGUAAUUAACACAUGGACACAAAAGCUAUUGAACAAGAGCAGAACUAUAUUACAUACAUGUAGACAGCAUAUCUGUCUUUACAAAUCAUGUUGUCAUUGACAAUCAAUGUGAAAGUAGAACAAACAACAGCUUCUUGGUGAUAGCAGAAAAAAUGUUACUAUUUUCAUCAUAGAUUUGUGUCUGUGGAUGUAGAAAUGAUUGAAAUGAAGGAGAGUUUAUACUGUGAAAAUAUAAAUUCCUGAAACUAACUUGAGAAGAAUUCAUUAACAAGUAAAGUGUGAGGAAUCAAAAUGGGAAGCAGUUCAUCCAAGUUUCGGAAGGCCCUACAUUCGGGGGAUGAGAAGACAGCUGAAGAAAUCUACCAUCACAGCCAAGACUUUCAAAAGCAAUUUGACCCUAAUAUAUCAUACGGAGAGAAUUAUGAUCACAAUACAGCUCUUCAUUGCUCCUGUAGACAUGGCAUGCACAGGCUAGUCAGAUUGUUUCUUCAGAAGCACACUGGUAACCCUAUCAAGCGUAACAUGAGUAACCAGACCUCUCUACAUUGUGUAUGUAUGGCUGAUCUACCCCGCCCACCGUCUUCUACAUCCAGCUAUUCUCAGUACUAUUACUCUCAGCCCCCUGAGAAGAAAAGAGCAGAAUGUCUUCGUCUCAUCCUCAACUGGCAAGGAAUACCUAUCGGUAAUGGAGAAAGGGAAAAGAUAGACAUCAAUGCAGUGGAUGAUGAGGGAUGUACUGCCUUGCACUAUGCAUCAGCUGCUGGGUAUAGGUCAUUAGUAGAGACGCUAUUGGAGAAUGGAGCAAGUUUAUUUGUUGAAAAUGGAGAUAAGGAGACACCAUGUGACUGUGCUGAGAAGAACAGAUAUUAUGACAUUGCUCAGCUACUAGAGUCCAAAAUGGUCUUCUCGCAAAUAAGUGAUGAUGAAGUAGUGGAGGAAUUAAGUGCAAUAUCCUAUGAAGAGAGCUAUGUUGGGCUAAAACCACAAGACUUACAAGAAGCCAAGGAUGCCCUCGUUGUUGAGACGGCAGACAUGCUUCGUGUUCCACUCUUCACAGCAGAAGCUCUUCUUAGGAACUAUGAAUGGUCAAGAGAAGCGCUUUUAGAAGAGUGGAUCUCUCAUCCUAAGGAAUGCUGUGAGAAAUCUGGAGUUAAACCACCCGAGGAUCUUGAGCACUUGAUACGAGACCAUACCCUUACCACUGUAGAGAAUGAACCUGGGAAUCAGGUUGUAGCAGGGGAUGAGAUAGAGUGUGAUAUAUGUACAGAGCUUAUUUCAAGGGAAGAAUCGCCGGUAGAGAUGCCUUGUCCUCACCACUUUUGUAAAAUGUGCUGGGAAAGAUAUCUUUCAGGAAAGAUUGCAGAGGGCAAUGCUCAUAACAUCAUGUGUCCUGCCUUUGAAUGUUGUAAGCUCGUUCCAGUAGAGAUCAUAGAAGCUAUUGUAUCCAGGGAAAUAGCUAGGAGAUUCUUACAGUUUGAUAUCAAGGCCUUUGUUGAUACGAAUCCAAGUUUGAAGUGGUGCCCCAAGGGUGGUUGUGGUCAAGCAGUCAAACUGCCUCUAAACACUGACCCUGUAUCCCCUAGGGAUGUAUCCAGUCCGUCUGCUCCACCUCCAAUGUCUAAAGCAGUUGAUUGUGGAUGCGGUCAUCUCUUCUGCUGGGAUUGCUCUGGUGAACCUCAUGAUCCAUGCAGCUGUGAGAACUGGAAGAAAUGGAGUGAGAAAAUCGCAGAAAUAAAACCAGAAAAACUGAGUAAAACUGAAGAGGAGACUGAAAUUGCUGCAAACUGCCUGUGGCUUAUAACCAACUCUAAGUCCUGCCCUAAGUGCCAUUCUCCUAUCCAGAAAAAUGAGGGAUGCAAUCACAUGAAAUGUACUAAGUGUAAAUAUGAUUUUUGUUGGGUGUGCCUUGAAGUAUGGAGCAAGCAUAGUUCUGAGACUGGGGGUUAUUUCCGUUGCAAUCGUUAUGAGGCCGUCCAAAAGGUGGAAGAGAAAGCAGAGGGUCUCAUGUCAGAGGCUGAGAAGCGUAAUAAGGGGAUGCAGGAGUUGAAUCGUUUCCUUCACUACUACACAAGAUUCCGUAACCAUGAGAACAGUUAUCAUCUAGAAGAACCUCUACUAAGGAAAGCACCAGGGAAGAUGAGGAAAUUAGCUUGCCACUCAGAUGCUAAAGCUUCUAAAGAAGAAACUCAGUUCAUUGUUGAUGCAAUCCAUGAGCUGCUUGCAGCUAGACAUAUACUCAAGUUCUCCUACCCUUAUGGCUUCUACCUGGAAGACAGAGGGGGCAGCAAACAAAUCUUUGAAUUUAUGCAAAAUGAAUUGGAGGAGGCAUCAGAGAACCUCUCCCAAAUGGUUGCUAGAAACUACCUACGUACACCCCGUACUAAGAUCAUCCAGGCUGCUCAUCUUACUAAGAGGAAACGGUAUGAGUUCCUUUCAGCUGUAAGUAAAGGGUUCCUACCACCAGAUGUAUCCUCAGACUCACCACAGAGGAGAAGAAGAACAAGUUCAUCUUGGUCCUAUCAAACAUGGGAUGAUGACUCAGGGGAUGAGAAUGAUGAAGCUCUGAGACGAGCUAUUGAAGAAUCCAUCCAGGAUGCCAUGGCACAGUCUCAGAAACAAGAACAAGAUGAAGAUGACUCAACGACUGAUUUAUCCAGAGGAAGGAUGGGUACUGAACAAAGUCAAGGAGGUUCUUCCACCAUGACAGCAGGAUUGCUUCGUGCCUUAGAGAUGUCACAACUACUUCUUAUGCAGCAAACUGAGAUGCUAGACACCCCUACUACUAGAGUGGAUCAACCCUCUUCCAGUACUGAUACUGAACAACAGAAUCCUGGUGAUGGGAGCAGUCCAUCUACAAGCACUCUACUGUCUUCAAGAUUGUCUCCUAAACGAGGAAAGAGCCCCAAUAGCAAAGAGCCCCAGACCUCAGCAACAGAUAGUUUUGAUGAUGAUUUCAAGCUAGCUAUGGAGCUAUCACUUCAAGAUUCUGGGAAAGCAACAAAAGAGAAACCGAGGCAGACCCUUGCCCAACGUAGGAGUUAUAAGACGGCUACAUCAACCGGGCAUAGCAUCAAUCCAGAUGAACUCUUAGUAGACAUCAUACCGAAGGAAAGAGGGACACGCUCUAACUCCCGUUCCCAUGGCAAAUCAAGAAGUGGAAAGUACAUCAAGUCUGAUCGGCUACGAGUGAGUGGCGGUGGAGCAGCGGCCACUCUACAUGAAGGGUCUGGAGAAUCAGAAGCAGAGAGGAUACGUAGGAUGCGCAAGGAAUUCCUUGAGAAGAUUGCUGGUACAUCUUCCAAGAAUGGUGACAGUCUAAAACAUUCUACAGAUUCCAGUUUGUUAUCUGUUGGAGGAGCUGCAGGUUCAAGCACUAGUACUAGAUCACCCACAAGCUCUUUGAAGCUUGAUAAGCUUACAGUAAGGAAAAAGAGUUCCAGGGGUCAUGUUUCAAGCUCUGGUAAAGGAUCACAUCAUCUCAGAACCGGUCGAGCAUCAAGUGACCCCCACACUGUGGCCAUUGAUAAUACAUUACAACAAAUCCAGGCCAGGAACUUGGCUCUAUCAGCAUCAGUCCAAGAUAUGAGUGGAAAUCCUUCAAAGAUUGAAGAUGGUGCAUCCAGCCAUUUGAGUGUAUCAAGUAGUGGCAGCUCACCUGCUGGAGGAUCACCUGCUACAAGACCGAAGAUCAGAAUGGAUCCAUGCCCGGCUUCCUCUGCAUCUGCCCUUAAAGUCACCGUCCCUGAUCUAGCAGCUUCACCAACUUUCAACAAAGUACAGAGGAAAAGCCUGUCUGUCCAGCACACACCAGUCAAGAAGUCUAGCCUUGGUGAUAUCACAUCUUUAGAUAGACCACAUCUCAGUAAACCCAGGAAAGUGUCUGAGGGAGAUGUGACCAAACUAAUACAGACUUCUGCUAAACUCCCAUCUACCUUAUUCUCUGGUUCAACUCAGCCAUCUUUUUUACAACCUGAUCCUAAACCUCUGGAGGAUAUCUGGAAGAAGGCUUCAGCCGAUGAACUGAUGCCCUCUUCAUCUCCAACAUUCAAGCUUUCCUUAGCAACCAAACCUGCAGAAGCAGCAGGGGGUGAUGCUAUCCUGGGCCUGUCUCUUAGCAACACUGCUGACUUAGCUACAGAUUCUUUCUCUAACAUGGACUUUGAAAAUGGAAACAUGGUUCAUUUAAGCACUGUCCCACAAGCAUCUAGUGCCUAUAGUUCAAGUGAUACAGAUAUAGAUACAUCCUUAACAACUUCCCUAGAACCACCAUCACCCGUUACUAUGGCAACAGAAGUUAUUAAUCAAGGUGAUGAGGUUGAUCCCACAGAUGACAAGAAUGAUGUGUGGCAAGUUUAUAUUUGAUUGAAUGGUUGGAAAAUGUAAUGUUAGAUAAUAUGAUUUGUUGUGUUGUAGCUUCUUUGAUUAAGAUAUGCAUAUCUGUGUCAUUGAUAUCAUGUUACUGUACUAAUGGGUGUCUGCUCUCUGAGUAGUGAAUUAGUAGAAUUCUUUGUUUUAUUGUAUUGAGAAUGUGGAAGGGUAAUAUGAGUAACCUUGCAUUAUGUAAACAUGUUAGGAUGUGUGUUCAUGAAGGCACAAUAAAGACUCAUUUAGGGAUGUGGACUUAUAAGUUUUAUUGCUAUACUAAUUAUUGUAUUCAGAUCAAGAGAGGGUCUGGAAUGAGAUUGCGGAAAUACUUUUUUUUUUUUUUUAACUGUAAACAAAACACCAUUAUGUACAUGUCUUAUUAUAGAAUGGGUUUAGUAAUCCCUGCAAUCUUAUGGUUAAGAGCCAGUGAGCACACUUGAAUAAAGUAAUACUGACUGCGAAACUUAUGCAUGAAUGUAUUGCGAUAUAAGCAAACAAUAUCAACAUUUAAACAAUAGCUUUUCAAUAUGGCUGUUUUGAAACAGCCGCAAUAUUUGACCGUAUUCAGACUGAAGAUUAGAAGAACAAACUAAUAUUACAGAUAAGUGACCAAUUCUGCAAGUAAGCCCUUUAAACAAAGUUGGGUGUGAUUUUGAAAAUAACUCGCUGCUAUUGUUCUCCAUGUCACAAACAGUUCAUGGAGAAGGUAGAUUUGUCAAUGUCGCAUUACACAGUCACAGGCCAUACAUGUAUUAGAUCGCUGCAGUAGGCCUACAGUAGAAUUUCAUUCACUACGGCAUUCUAACAUUAGACCUAAUGACAACCUGAGACUCAUUAUCUUGUCAGUCAGACCGUAUAAGUCAGAUUUUAUGAUGUUAAAGAAGAAACAAACCUUUUAUUUUAACAAAUAAAAAAUUGAACCCUAAAUAUUAAACAGUUCAUAACUCUUGGUGAAAAUUAAGUUAAUAUCAUGAAGCAGUGACUCUAUUUCAUGUGUCGGGGUAAAUUGGUUUCAUACAUCAGGUAAAUCAGUUUCAUGCGUCAGGUAAAUUUUUGUUGUUGAAUUGGGCAAUCUUUUUACACCCAUUCUAUAAAUCAGAUGAUGCACAGGUUUAUUACGGGGUCUGCAGAAUUGUGUGCAUGCUGCCACUUUGACAAUGCCCAAAGUUACCUUGUGCACACAAUUUAUACUGACCCACUCAUACCUGUGCAUCAUUUGUAUACUAUACACAUGGUCUACUACGUUUAAUGCUAUAAUGUGAUGAUAUCUCUUUUGGGCCAAUCAAUCCAUGAUAAAGGUGUUUAAUAUUGGUAAAGUAAAUUAUUUUUACAUUUACAAUCCAUCAUGGCAAAAAAGCAAAUACAACUCAUUUAGUAAUUAUUAUGCGAUGGAUGGAUACAAACCAUCUUCAUGACACAAUCAUUCAAUGCUUAACAGAUUACAUUAUUUAGAUUUGUUACUUUAAGUAAAACAUUUAAAUCCGUUUAUACAUCUAAAAUUGUAUGAGGUUGUGGAUGUCUUUGAAUGAAGAAUUUUUAGGGUACUUGCCUAAACAUAAAAAUGUUUAGACAUGAGAGUUUGACAUGUGAAAAGCAUUUUGUAAUUCAUUUUGUUUGAAGAAUGCCUAACAAACAACUAGUUAAUUAGGCUGAAAUCAUACAAGUAUCCUUGAAAAAUUGACAAUACUUUUGAAUAUAGAUUUUAUUAACUUUAGAACUCUGAAAUGGUAAUAAUGACGAAAUAUUCUUAAUCCCAUUCUUAAAAUGCCCAAAGGUACAUACUUUGUAUAGUAGUGUAUCCAACGUUAAUGCCUUUAUAAAGUCAAUGAUAUUUUCUCUCUAUGAAAUAGAAGUGUAAACAAUUGACAAGGGAAGGUAAUGGCUGAUGAGCAGUUUUAUGGGGAAAAUAAUAAAAUUAUUCUGUUCUUUACUGUUUUAAAGGUUUUUACCAUGCUUUCUCUAUUACUGACCAAAAACCAUUUACAGCUAUCCUCUUUUCACUGUUUUACCUUCCCUUCCUCUGCAGAACUUUAGGUGUUUAACAAACUGGGUCCCUACCAUGAAAAAAAACAACUUAACAGUUAUCACAUUGUUAGCUUCAUGCAUUUUUCAUAUUUUGUAAAAAAAAAAGGUGAAUAUAUGACUUCCGCGAUGACACAAAUAGAUUUGUCAUACUAGUGUCAGUUUACGCUCAUUGAUAUAUAGUGUAUGUUAAAUGAUGCUGACAGGGAUAUGAUCUACAUGUAUAUCUGUGUUGAGUAAACCAGGUAGAUAAUCAGAGGUAAUAUGAAUCAAUCUGAAAUAAAAUGAAUUGAAACCUUUUGUUUUAGAAAGAAAUAAUGACUUUAUAAUAGAAAUUAUUGUGCUUAUCAUGUUUUGAAACCAUGAAUAUGAUGUAUGCAUUUUGAAUGAGUUUUUUUUAUCGGUUGUGCAAGAGAUGAUAUCAUAAGUUCUACAAUACAAACUACAUGUAAACUGAAACAUUGUGAUGUCAAUCACAACCAAAGCACGUUAUAAGACAAUCUUAGUGAUAAACAUAUUAGCUCCUAUUAUGAUAGAAUCUAUAUUUCUUUGUUAUGUGUACCAUAUUGUGUAUCAUGAUGGUAUUCAUUCUUACUACCAACUAUAAUCAUUGGAUGUACUUCAUUGUGUAAUUUUUGUAUAGAAGUGUCAAAUGUGGUAAUAUAUUGUGAUAAUUGAUCUAAGAUAUGUGUUUGUAACAUUUUCAAAUUAAUGGAAUCAACACAUUUUUCAUGUGCUUUAUUUCACAUUAAAAAUAAUUUUGUCAAUGAAAAAAA